AUGCCUUCCAUCAGCCACCAACGAGAAUCUAGAAUAUUCCAACAAGGCAAAGGACAUAAUGGAAACAGUUCACGCCGAUCCAGAAUUACCAGAGAGCUUUGUGUUGGCUGCAUUUUAUUUCUUCCCGAAAGAUUGGAAGGGAAUGAAAGCGUCAGAUGUAUACUCGAUACAUGUUGCUGCAACAAAUCAGAAUUGGAUAAAGAGGGGUAUAAUCAUUAUGUUGUGAUUUUAGAUGUCUUUCAAUCGGAUGAUGGAGAAAUCAGGUGUUAUAUUGCUAAAUUAACUUCCAAGAAAGGCACUACCAGAUAUCCUAUUGAUCGUAUCAAAAUCUCACAAACGUUUCUAGCGUCACCACCAAACGAAGAUACCGGAUUAUUUCUCGAAAAUGGAGGUAUGCCCAGACAAUCCUAUAUCUCGUUGAGCCAUGUCUUCCAAAUCUCGCCCUUCGUCUUACGAUCGAACAAGCCCGCAUACAACACUCGGCUUACGGAGCAGAGCUAUAAAUAUCUGAUGCUGAGGUUAGGAUUGGAGGCGGCUGUAUAUGAAGAUACAAAUAUUGUGAAGCAAUCUGGAGCAACGAUUCGCUCUGUGUCAAAACCCACAAUUCACGAAGAUUUGGUAAACUUUACAGAGUUGGGUUUGUGGAUUGGUAGUGGAAUUUUGGAGUUUGGAAGAAGGGGGUUGAGGUUUUUGGGGUUUGGGUAA